UCUACAUACAACCAAGAUAACAACGCUAUAACGGCUGAUCUGUUUGUUGUUUGUCGUACUAGUAAACUUUUCGGAAUGGUGUUAUGCGCUUAAUUCAAAAUAUUUUCAGAAAAAUAAACAUAGUACAGAAGUUCACGUACUGUCGUAAAAUGAGUGAUCUGAGGUUUGAUGGACGUGUCGUGGUGGUGACAGGUGCAGGAGCAGGUCUGGGACGUGCGUAUGCUCUGCUGUUCGGCGGGCGAGGGGCAUCAGUUGUGGUGAACGAUCUCGGGGGCAGCCGCCACGGGGACGGGAGCAGCACCAAAGCUGCAGACACCGUAGUCCAGGAAAUACGAGCCAAAGGUGGUAAAGCUGUUGCGGAUUAUAAUUCUGUGGAAGAUGGCGAAAAGAUUAUCCAAACUGCACUAGAUAACUUUGGGAGAAUUGAUGUUGUGGUCAAUAAUGCUGGUAUUUUACGGGACAAAUCGUUUCCAAAAAUCAGUGAAACAGAUUGGGAUCUGGUCUUCCGUGUUCACGUGAAGGGCACUUUUAAAACCACGCAAGCUGCAUGGCCACACUUCCGGAAGCAGGGGUAUGGCAGGAUCAUUGUGACAUCUUCAACGUCUGGCCUGCAUGGAAACUUUGGUCAAGCUAACUACAGUGCUGCAAAAAUGGCUGUGGUGGGUCUGUGCAAUACACUUGCUAUUGAAGGUCAAAAAUACAACAUUAACAGCAAUGUCAUUGUACCUAUGGCUGCAUCACGCCUUACAGAAGAUAUUUUGCCUCCAGAUGUUUUUGCAGAAUUGCGUCCAGAGCUCAUUGCUCCUGUCGUUGUGUGGUUGUGCCAUGAAUCUUGUACGGAGACAGGAUCCGUUAUCAAGUCUGCAGCUGGUUGGGCAGGGAAAUAUCAUUUGGUGCGUUCUCCUGGCACAGUACUGCGUGCCAAGGUGACGGAUGAAGUCACGCCUGAAGAUGUGCGUGAGAACUGGGGACGUGUUACUGACAUGUCAGCCGCCAAGCACUACACCUCAAAUGCAGAAGUCACAGCAUCUAUUAUGGAAUCCCUGGAGAAACUUAAAACAAGCCCAGAUGACUCUGCUGCUUCUGGGAACACAGCUGUUGAUGUACUGAGUUAUGACAAACGUGAUGUUAUCCUGUAUGCGCUUGGUAUUGGUGCAACAGUCAACAAUUCUGAAGACUUGAAGUUUCUGUAUGAAGGCCAUGAAGAUUUCUCAGUUGUGCCAACAUUUUUAAUUCUCCCAGCUAUCAUCACACUCAUGGGCUCCAGCAUUUCAAUGACUGCCUUGCCAGGCAAAGAUCUUAGUCCUGCUAAUAUACUUCAUGGAGAGCAAUAUCUGGAAGUUCUGAAGCCACUGUCAACGUCAGGGACUCUCACUUCACGAGCGAGACUGGUGGAUGUCCUGGACAAGGGGUCGGGGGCAGUCAUCAUAGUGGAUGUGGAAACUUUUGAUGAAAAAGGAGAAAAAGUAGCAUACAACCAGACAACAACAUUCGCUGUUGGCGCUGGUGGUUUUGGAGGAAAGAGAGUUUCGAACAAGGGUGUGUCGUCGGUUAAUCCACCAUCAAGAACUCCUGAUGCCAUUGUUAAACAACAAACCUCACUUGAUCAGGCAGCUAUCUACAGGUUGUCUGGAGACUGGAACCCACUUCACAUUGAUCCAUCAAUCUCAGCGUUAGGUGGUUUUACUCGACCCAUCUUGCACGGCUUGUGCUCACUGGGCUUCUCUGUGAGGCACGUACUCCAACAGUACGCAAAUAACGACGCAUCCAAGUUCAAAGCUGUGAAGGUUCGGUUUGUGAAGCCAGUCAUUCCUGGCCAGACUUUGCAAACAAAUAUGUGGCAAGAAGGCAAAAGGAUCCAUUUUGAAACCAAAGUGGAAGAAACGGGAACAACUGUCAUAUCAGGGGCAUAUGUUGACUUGACAGAAGCUUCUGUAGCAAAGAAUCAGCCAGUCAAGAAGUCUCAGUCUGGGUCCACAGCUAGACUUAAAAGCGAUGCUGUGUUUGAAGGCUUGAAACUUAAAAUCGAUGCAAACCUAGAGAAGGCCAAGAAAAUUAAAGGAGUAUUUGUGUACAAUAUUACGUUAGAUGGAAACAAAGCUGCUACGUGGACGAUUGAUUUGAAGAAGGGCUGUUUGUAUGAAGGACCUCCCAAGGAUACAAAGGCAGACUGCACGCUCACUGUAGGAGACUCCGACUUUGUAGAUAUUGCAGCAGGGAAAUUGAAUCCACAGUUGGCAUUCAUGCAAGGCAAGCUGAAGGUCCAAGGUAACAUAAUGCUGUCACAGAAACUGCGUGAGCUCAUGAAAGAAGAAUCCAAAUUGUAAGACUGAAGGAAUUGUAAUUUAAAACAUGAGUUUUUGAAAACUCAGUACUGGUAAUGGAGGAAAUAUUUUUUAUACAUGUUUUUUGUAAAUAUGUUUGUACAUUCCGCCACUAAAAUGCCAGAGUGGAACAUAGUCAAUUACAGAUUGAACUUAACCUUCACCUCUCCAAGGUAUUUAAUGGCAACUUUCAUAUGAGGUGAAGAUGUCUGGUACAGCCAGCUGCCUUGACCACAGUACAGUGGAAGGUGCCAAUGUAAUCUUGGGGUCUGUGUUGGAGACGCUGAAGCGAUGUGCUAGCCCUAACAGAGACACCAUCUUGGCCAGUGAUUUUGAAGCUUUAUCCAGUAUAUUGCAUCUCAUAGCAUAACGAGAGUGGACAGUUAAGUGCAGUUUGUAGUUGAACUGCUAAGGGAGAUUGUUUGCAAAGUUGUCAUCUCCUUGAGUGUUGUUACUGGUGAAAGCAGUAGAUUGUAAAAGUCAGAACAGAAAUGGUAGGGACAAGAUUUAUGGUUUUUGUUUUUACCUUAAUUUUGGUUUUUAAAAUGGAGUAUUCCAUCAAUCAAUUUUACAAGUACUAUUUAUUUCUUGAAUAUGCUGUAAAAUUCAACAUACAAAAGUUAAAGUUUUCCAAUAAAAUUGUGUUGUUUUAAUAGUGUUUCAAGUACAUAUCAUAAACUAAAAGUUAAAAUUUAUCUGUGCUUUAUCAAUCAAGAAAAAUUUAUUAUAAUUAAUUUUUGCAGGCUACAUAAUUAUAUUUAGUGAUAUUUGGAACUUACAGGCAUGUCAGUGUUAAAUGGUGCCUGUAUAACUUGCAUUUGUGUGUUGUAACAAUUUUCGGUGUUACCUACUUCAGUUUACUGUAAAAUCUUGUUCCUAUUGAUUUUGUUUUUUCCGGGAGUCAGAUCAUGUCAGCACUCACAGGGGUGUUGAUUUCACUUUCAAGCAUGGUCAAGCUAGCAGGGUGGUGGCAUAUUGAAGAUUGAUGGGGAUGGUAGGAUAGUGGUUUUUGAACCUAGCAAUAUUCAGCAGAUAAGCAUCGCUAGGUUUGUUGCAUUACCUGUUCAGUGUAAGGCGGAAAGGUUACGUCAGAGCAGAACUGUGAAAGAACCUGGCUCACCACUGGAAACCAAGAACAAAUGAAAAGGUGUCUUGAUUUUACUACCAUGCUUCCCCUCCCAGUUUCCAAGGCAUGAAUCGUCUAUCAUGCACACAGCAUUUUAUGCAUUUUAUGCAAUACAUGUGCCAGAAACACAUGCAGUAUGGUAAAAUGAACUUUUCAAAUUUUCUGCAGCCACAUUUUCUUCAAUUUUCACCAACUGAUGCAACAAGUUUACAGAAAACAGCAAUAAAAUGCUGUUUUUGUAUGUUGAACUAAAGAAUUUUGUAAUAUCAACUUUGAUUGAAUACACUGCUUGUUAAUAUUGCAGUUGAAGUUUUUCAUAAAUCAAGAUGACUGGUGUGCAUCCUAUGUGCAAUUAUGAAUUUUUCUACAGUUUGUAUGUGUAAGGUGUGAUGGUAUAAAAUGGUAUAUGUGAUAAUUUGUUAUAAUUUAUAAAGUUUUAUUUUUAUUUGUGUUAAAAGAUGCAUGCACCCCUUGGUUUUAAAUUGUGAUGAGGUCAAUUUGUUGAAUAAAACUACUUUAUCAAAACAUUUUGCUGUAUUACUGAUUCAUUAAUGUUUCUUAUCAAUCAUGUCAUGAAGUUUGACUGAAAUAGAUGUAUGUGGUGGUUAGUUUGCUCUGGUUGCUCUAAAAAAUUCUCACAAUUGGAGAAAAAAAAAAGAAAA